GAAGUUACUAAGUAUAUCCUGGAUAUUGUGGUAUACAUGGUUUAAUUACUUAUAGACAUCGAAGAAAAUAUCAAGAAGGUGACAUAUGAAGGUUGCUUUUAUGUAGCUGUGGUAAAUUCACAUUCACCGGCUACUUUGUGUAUUUAACUUAAAUGGAUUAAUUGUAAUAGUAGCUAGACAUCUAGAUUAAUGUGUGGAGAUUAAUGGUAAAUUGCUCCAUACCUGGUCCAAAGGUAAAAAGCAGUUUGAUUAGACUUUAUACCCAAGCACCGGGAAAAUUAAUGUCAGUUUGAAUUAUUUAUGUUUACACAAAAAACGCAGGGAGAGAGAAGUGCUAUUGUUAUAGCGGCCUGUUUAAUGUGUAUUAAAGUUGGCCCAUUUCCGCCAGUCUUUGUUACCUUUAUUUACACCUGUAUACGGCUUAGCAGACAGAUUAUUGAUAAGUCUUUUAAUGCAACAGAGAAGCGAUGGUUCUAAGGACUUUUAAGACUAUGACGUGACUUUAUGUAGGUAAUGGUGUAUGUAUAUGCAAGGUACUCAUACUGACCAGACGUCUAAGAAUUGAAUCUAGCAACAUGGAACUGGUCAACCCAUAUGCAACCAGAGAGGAAGCAGUAAGCGCUCUACAGCACUGCGUAACGAGGGGAUUUUCGGAUGUCAUCGACCCCAUCUUAAAGACUCAUUUUAAAACAUCAAAGCUUUCCGAUGUAACCAACCAGUGUGUAGAACUUUUGACAUGUGUUGCGAAGUCGGGCUCGCUGGAUGUGUUGCAGAGACUGCUUGGUCACGUGGAUCCGGAGUUCUUGGAAACGGUGUAUUCUCAUCGAACACUCGCAACAAAACUACUCACUGUGGCUGUCACCAACGGGAACUAUUCAGUGUGUGGGGCGCUCGUAGCAAGAGGCGGAGACCCCAAUGGACAUAUUAAUGGUACGACAUUGUUACAUACGGCAGUAUCUCAGGGACAUGAAAAAGUACUGGAAGCUUUGGUGGAGGGUGGAGCUGAUCUUACACUGAAAGACAGAAGGGGAGAAAAUUUGAUUUCUUCUGUCAUAAUGUCAAAUAUCAAAAACAAGGUUAAUUUGGUGAGUCGGUUGGUUUCUGGAGGGGUAGAUCCAAAGAGCGCGGGUGACAACGGCAAACAGCUAAUACACGUAGCUGCCGCUCAUUCAGCAGACGUCAUUUCACGUCUGGUGGAGCUGGACUGUGACGUCAACCAACCGGAUGUUGUCCACAGCGACACGCCACUACAUAUUGCCUGCUGUCGCUGCAAUGAAAAAAGUAUUGAAACUCUGAUUAAAAUCGGAGCUAAAUUCAAUUUAACUAACAACGAAGGAGAGACACCUCUGGCCAAAUUAUUAAAGUUUGCCACAAAUACGGUUGAUUUUCAUUCAAAGUUAAGGAUGAAGUUAGCAAGACAGUUAAUAAAAUAUGGUUUUGUGUGUAAACAGAAAAAUUCUGAAAGAACCAAUAAGCGAAAAAUUGGACGAGACAAGGUGAUAGAACUUUAUCAACGACUGCAAAAGGAACCCAGGGAAGUUUCCAGUCUUCAGCAUCUCUCAAGACUUGUGAUCAGCGCCAAUCUUCAGCCAAAGACAUUGAGAAAGGCGGUGUUCUCUUUAGAUAUUCCUCAUCAUCUCAAAGACUACCUCAUGUUUCCCGAUUUCAGAUUUUCUUAAUCUCGUUUUGAACAAUUUACAUAAAUAUUAGUGGUCGAUUUUGGUGCUUUUAGAAACGUUUUGAUGCUAUGUGAUAGAAUUGAUCUCAUUAAUUUUUAAGGUAUUAAAUUUUGUCGUUGUUUACAAUGUUGUUUCUUUGUUUAACCCACAUGAAUCAUUAAAGAAAGCCUUUUAUUGUUUAUAUCAAUAUUUGUCGUUUGGUUAAUAAAUAAAUUGAUAAUGAACAGUAAGCAAAAUUCACUAAAUAGCUGUUUAUGUACAUAAGUAUGUUAGCUAAAUGCCAAAUCGUCUCCUGUAAGGCUUUGAGUCUGACAUCGCAAUGCUUAUUUCGCUCAGUCUGUGACUUUUUCUUAAGUCGCUGUAGGUUUCGAUCAAGAAGGCGUGCCAAUUUCGGUCUUGUCAGUUUCAGCCGCAGUAGAUUUCGACCAAUCGAAAAACGGGGCGUGUAGAUUUCAGUCUUGCUGUUUCUAUAUACCUAUAUCUAAAUGUUUACAUCCAAUACAUACUUUCUCCUCUAUUGCUUGUGAAUAGUUAUUGCAGACGCAGUUUGUACAGAAGCUGACAAUAUCGAAAUCUACACGAUCCAGUUCUAACCAGUAAAAAACCACAUGUCUAAAUUU